AACGACAUGGACCCAACAUUCAUGUUACCAGAGUCACCACCAGAUUCUGGUUCAGAACCGUGUUCACCUCCGCUAAUACCAGACGUGAGCUACGGCUACCAGGAAGUCUUCCAGACAGUAACACGUCCUCCAGCCUCAUCGUGCCGAUAUAAAGAGCUGGCACCACAACCCCCACCACAACCAGGACUGCCAUACCACCAGGGGCUGACUAACUCUUACACCAAGGCAGGCACAUCUCCAGGCUCACUGCCCCACAACCCCCCUCCACCACCCCCACUACCUGAGCCCAGGGAGAGCUAUAUACAGGCUAACACUGCCACCACACCACCCGUCCACCACAAGGCUCUCCAGCAGCAUCAGCCUCCUCCACGCCAGGGCCUGGCAGACAGCUACCCCAGGGCCAACGCACCCCCGGUCUCAGAACUACCUCCAGGCCAAGCCCCAUACCUAGCCCCAGGCCUCAGGCUGCCCUCAUCCUGCCUACUACCUGUGCCUGGAUGCCCUUCAGAACCAGGAUAUUCAUACCUGCCUCCCACAGCUGGUCAACACACAGGGCUUAUAUUACCUGACUGUAGGAAGAGAAGACUAACAGAACCCCUUGAGGUACAGAACCAUUUAGUGGCUGUUCCUAUAACAGGGGGCUCUGAGAGGGGAGGCGGUGACGUCCCGUCCUAUGACAGUGACGGGGCCACAGAGAGCCGCUCUGGGAUGGAGACCUAUCAGCUCCUCACCUGGGAUCGCUACCAGCCUGGCCUGUGGACACCGCUCUACAACAGUAACUAUGACAUCCUGUGAGUGUCCUUCUGCCUUGACGUUCCCUCACUCUUCACCAAGGCUCAUGCAUUCUAAACUGCCUGUCUUAGUCUCUAAACUCAAAGGCUAUUCAACUAACGCUACAUUCUUUUAAGGGACUGGUUUUUGUUCAAGUUAAACGCAGGGGGAGCAAAUAUUUUUCACUUUCUAUGUCUGACAAUGUCAUAACUCAUCAGUAACAUCUUUGUCAUUUGUUAGCCAGCAGUAAAAUGGUUUUAGUCAUGAGUCAUUGUAAACAAACCCCAUUUGGUUCAAUUAUAGACUUAAAUGGACACAAUUGACUCCUACUGUAUGUUAUUCUUAUCGUACUUGGUCAUUCAUAAUUAUAAACUGGGUGGUUUGAGCCCUGAAUGCUGAUUGGCUGAAAGCUGUGGUAUUUCAGACCGUAUGACACAACAUGUAUUUUUACUAUUCUAAUUACGUUGGUAACCAGUUUAAAAUAGCAAAAAGGCAUCUCAUAGGUUUGUGGUACGUUGACAAUAUACCACAGUUAAGGGCUACCCUGUUCAAAGGCUCUUUAAUAUUAUGUCUUGCCCCUCCACCCUCUGACACACACAUCAUCCAUGUCUCCGUUGUCUCAAGGCUUUAAACUCCUUCUUUAACAUGUC